AUGCGCGACGAUGGAACGAUGAAAGCGCGUCGGAGCGCGCGGGAGCGCGCGGUGAAGAGAAAAGAGUCGGAAUCUCGACGAGGCAGCGCGUCGACGUCUCGCAGACGACCGCGCGCGCGUCGAUCGCUCGGCGGACGGAACAGAACGAUAUCCACGGCGUCACCCGAUCUGACGCCGGAGUUUUUUCGUAUCGUCGACGCGGAGGCGCUUGCAGAGGAGGAGGAUGCGUGUGGCGUCCCGGAGCGCGCGCGCGUCGGACGCGCGAGCGACGACGAAGACGUGUGCGCGUCUUUGAUCGGUGUUUUCGACGACGUGAGCGCGGAAACUUUACGGUUGAUGACGGUGGCGAAAUUGAGGCGCCGGAGGAGCGAUCCGGUGAGCGUCGUGCGGUUGUACGCGAGACGGUCGGCGAGGAGACGGCGGAGUGAGCUGAGGCGGUCGGCGGCGAAAACGGAGAGCGUCGGUGCGACACCCGCGGCGGUGGUGACGGUUGCGGACGAUGAGGUGAUGGUCGAUGCGCCGUCGCCGACGAUGGAGGCGAACGUGGAUGACGGCGCGCGUGAGGGUGGUGGUUUGUACGGGUUGUUGCUUCGGGCGGCGGCGGACGAACGCGCGGGCGUCGAGAAGUCACUUCCUUCGACGCACACGCUUGAGGAAGUGCGCGGAGACGCGAUGGCGAGUGAUGACUUAGUUACGAUGUCUCGCGAGUUUGAACGCGAGGACGCUCGAGUAGGAUCGCUCGUGCGCGGAUUGGGCGGCGGCGUAGCGCACGUGCUACGGAACGAACUUGGCGAGGCGUUGGGAUACACGCUGACGUACGAGAAUCGAGCGCCGGAGUGGGAUGAAACUCGAGCGGUGACGCUCCCGCCUCGACUGGCACACGUCUUCAUCCGGGAAGAGCACAGAGGCCGCGGUCUCGGAACGGGACUCGUGGCACGAUGGGUGAAGACAUUCGCCCUGCGAUGCGCCUUUUUCGCCGUCGACUCCCCUAACGAGUCCAUGGCGCGAACGCUCCGUCGCGUCAACACUGCACUCGCGACGACACAUUCGGGACACGGUGCGUCCAGUGUACAUUACAUUUCUUUGCACGCGCAGUCGUGA